AUGCCGCUUGGUGCACGCCACAGUCUCGCUUUGCACAGUGCGCCGCCUGCAGCCGGUGCGCGAGAUGAUCCCCCAUUGCGCGAGCCUCGGUCACACACGCCGGAUCGCCAUGCGCCUCCGAUGGAAGCCGGCGCAAGGCCGCGCGACGGCGCACUCUCCGCGGACAUGGCUCGUCGCCGGUUGUCUCCGUCGCGCACUCCAACCAAGCACGUCUGGAGAUCGCGCGCCGCGGCCAUUCCCGACGUGCGCGCGUCACCAACUGCACCUCGGGUGCUUGGCCCAAUUCCGCGUGCAAGCCUCGCGCCCGGCCGACCUAUUGUGCCCCUUCCGGGUGGAUGGACGGCCCAGCACGAUGCGGCGUUGCGCGACGAGUGUGCGCGCCAAGGUGUGCAGAUGCCGGUCCGGAUUUCUGGUGAAGAGACUGUGCGGGAGGCCGUGCAAGACUAUGCACUUCGCACCUUCACCUCCAACGACGCGCCCGAACCACCACCGCCUCCGGGCGUCGUUGUUUUGUGUUGCAACCGGGUCGCGGCCACGCGAGGUGCGGGGGGGAUCGACUUCGUGGCUAUGCCGCACCGCGACAUGCAGUGGGCGCCUCAGCCGAUACGGCACGACGCCGGCGUUGCGGCUUGGCGGCCUGCCUGGAUAUGCCCUGGGUGUGCUCGGGAUGUCCAGCUGGUUGACAUCCAUGUUGCGGCAGCCGGCUUUGGUGGGAGGGAGAGCACCAACUCGUGGUUGUAUGUCCCACUUCUCCAGGCAGCUGCAGCAGACCUCGCGGUCGCUGCGCUUGCGGAAUGGCGAGCCGACCCGCGCGCUGCCGACUGGUGGGAAGAAGCCCGGCACCUGCUCAUGGUGUCCGAACCGGUGGGCCCGCACACGCUGCUAGCAGCUUUGGCACGUGCCGUUGAGGCCGCGCCAGCGCACGAGCACCACUUGCCGGAUCUCAUCUCACGCAUUCAGGACGUGGGCUUGCCCAGCAGUGCGCGUGUCCACGUCGGAUGGGCAGUCCGCCAGCUCCGGGAGCCGGAUGGGUACUUGCUUGCGCCCGUGCAAGAGGCCCUGCUCGAAUGCUAUGGAGGCAUGCAUUUGGCGUCGGCACUUGACCGGCACUCCGAUCGCUUUCGCCCAGCAGCUGCUCCCGUAGCUCAUUCCUCGCCGCACCCCGUCGAUCAAGCGGAGCCAGGUGCGGCCGCAGCGCCAGACGCUGACGGCGCCCGUGCAGAGAAUGAAGAGGCGGACGGGAGCAAUGCAGGCGACGGAGAUGCCGCGCUGGCCGCGGCCGCUCGCCGCGCGGCCGGGGGCGCGGGCGCCGUCCACUUUUGCCUGCUGGCCAGGGUGCUCCUGGUGGGGAUGUCGCUCCCGACGUGA